UGCUCUCUCAGUUCAGUGAGAAAAAUAUAAACAAAUAGAAGCAGCAUUGCGUAAAAACAAUGCGAGUGGCGGGUGAAUCAUCGAAUUACUAUUACUAAUUAACCGCAACAAAAAUAACAACGCACAGUCUAUCGCGAAACAAUGUCGUCAGACACAGAUCCGUGUGUAGCUGCAAUGGAAUGUGCACAAUUGCUGCAAUUCAAAGAGUUUCUAGCGUCAUCAACCCCAAACAGCAACAGCAGUGAACUGACCUCUGGCAAUGAACUGAUGAUGCGCCAUCACAAUAAUGGACAAGCAACAAAUUGUGUAACGCGCAGCAGCAAUGACACCUACAAAGUCACGGCCGACGAGCAACGCGCCGAAAUUGUUGCCACACUGUGGAAACAACUUGCCACCAAAGGUUGUCCGCCUGCAUUUCAAAUCAAGCUGCUGCAUUUGGCUACUGAGCAAAUCAUAAAGGAUCUGCGAUAUGCCAAGGAAUGCGAGGUGAAUGUGGAGGACAACAUAAACAGCAUUGGCGAAGUACAACCGCAAUACGAUCUAUUGAAAUUGCAAAAAUUCGUAAGUACGCAAUUGGACAAAUUAUUGCUGAAACUCACUGACAAUGCAGCGCUAGAGAAGCUGCAGCUCUAUGCCGAUGAGCAGGCGCUGUGCUCGCCAACAGCACCAUGUAAGUGUCAGACCCUCGCCUCAUCGCCGCGACACAGCGCAGCGGCUAUUAAAAAUAAACCACGCAAAAUGGAGGAUCGUCAUGUUUGCCUGGAGCGUUUUGGUGCCAUGUACGAGUUGAGUCAACAGCAUGCUGGCUGUCGCUUCUUUGGCGUCUUCGAUGGACACUCGGGAGCGCUCUCGGCCAGCUAUGUUACCAGUCAAAUACCCCAACUACUGGCACAUCAACUCCAACGUUUGCCAGCCGCUGGUGACGAUCUUGACGACGUGGACUUUUAUCGCAAUGCCUUCGAGACGGCAUUUCUGCAGGCAGACGAACGUUUCGCCCUCAAGCGCAUUACUAGCGGCACGACAGCAGUGUGUGCCUUAAUCACUGGGGACAACAAGCAGCUGUAUAUUGCUUGGGUGGGCGACUCGAAGGCAUUGUUGGUGGGCAAACGCACCCAGCUGCAGCUGGUGAAGCCGCAUAAACCCGAAUCGCCAGAUGAACGACGACGCAUUGAGAUCAGUGGCAGCACCGUGAUUCAUGCGCAGGGACAAUGGCGUGUGAAUGGCAUCUUGAAUGUGGCACGUUCCAUUGGCGAUUAUAGUUUGGAGGCUGUCAUCGCGGAGCCGGAUUUCGUAGAUGUGCCGCUGAGUGAGGCGCAUGACUUUUUGGUGCUGGGCAGCGAUGGACUGUGGGAUCAUGUGGAGGAGUCGUUCAUUGUGGACACUGUGUACGAGUGUCUGGCCGAUGCCAAGACACAACUUGAUGACAUUCCCAAGCUGUUGUUGGAGGCGGCUAAAGAGCACGAUUCGCAGGACAAUAUUACUGCGGUGCUGGUGCUGCUCAAGCCACGCGAUCAAAUUGGCCACAGCUAGAUUUAAUUGUUAUCGCAUACGCAUUCAUUGUUUGUUUGUUGGUUUAUUUGUUUAGCUUUAAGAUUGCAUUUUUUUAAUUGGAAUGGAAUGACAUUUUAAACAUUCUCACGUGCCUGCAGCCUUUGCUCCCUUUGGUUGCCUUUCUCUCUCCUCGAAUAAGCUCAAAAAUCACCACUCAAUAUAGCCAGAUAAAUAUGAAGAUAUAUCUAUAUAUAUUUACAUACCACAAACAUAGUUAACAUUGUUUUUUGGCUGCUUCUUCGCAAAUGCUUCCGCCAAAAUUAGCAUGCUGUAUAUAAAAGGCAUACGUAAAGUACAAUAUAUACACACAAGUCUAUAUAGUAUAAAUGUAAUACACACAAUAUUAUAGUAUAUAUAUAUAUUUACCAUUAACUCUUGCCCAGUUGACAAACGACGACAACGAAAAUCCAACGAAUGCUCGAUUUUUACGAGCCCAAUUUCAAUUUGAGCAUCACAAAAAGAAAAGCUAUCUUCGGCAAGCCGAAUUUUAAAUACCUUGCAGAGUAAAGUCUAUUACGAAAAUGUUGAUAAAUAUCAAUUUUUAACCCAAUUUGUAAUUAACUGUAAACCCAACAAAAAACAUGUUUGUUAAAAUGAAUUAAUGAGAUAACACUAAAUGUUUCAUUAGUUUAUGCUGACUAUGACUACCAUAUCUUAUAGUUCUCAGAUCCUCAUAACUAAUGGAAGCAUAAUCUUUUAAUAUUAUUAUAAAAAAAGAAAAUAAUGUCUGUUAACAAUAACAUGAGAAAAAGUCAAGACUUCGAUAGAUUUCCAUUCAUUUUUCUCUCUAUUACUAACUAUGACAUAUAUGA